AUGAUUGACUGCCAUAAAUUUAAAAGGAUAGAAGAACGGCAGCAGCCAAUUUCUGUGGAGAUUGAAACUCAUGUGUCUGGUCGAGACAAAGACAAAGAGGUUUUACUUGAAUUGCUCCUCAAGAGUGAUGAUGAAGGAAAUUUUGUGAUUCCCAUCAUUGGUAUGGCAGGGAUUGGUAAGACAACCUUGGCCCAACUAGUUUACAAUGAUACUUGUGUUCAAAAUCAUUUUGACCUUAAAGCAUGGGUUUGUGUUUCUGAUGAUUUUGAUAUCACAAGAAUAACGAAAGCAAUUUUACAAUCAGUCAGUUUUGAGCCAAGUAAUGACAAUAACAUGACUUCACUUGAAGAAAAAUUAAAGAAAAAUUUAUCUGAGAAAAAAUUUCUGACUGUUUUGGAUGAUGUUUGGAAUGAGAAUUAUCAUAAUUGGACCAUUCUACAAUCUCCUUUUCUAACAAGGAUUCCAGGAAGCAAAGUUGUUGUGACAACACGAAAUCUUGAUGUUUCAGCUACAAUGGGUGCUUCUCAUGCUCAUUCUUUAAAAGUUUUAUCAGAGGAUGAUUGUUUAUCUGUAUUUGCUCAACAUGCAUUAGGAUCAACAAAUUUUGGAGGACAUCCCAACCUAGAAAAAGUUGCUAAGAAAAUAGUGAGAAAGUGCAACGGUUUGCCUUUGGCUGCUAAAACCCUUAAAGGCUUGUUACGUACUAAUGUUGACCACGAUGCUUGGAAAGAGAUAUUAGAGAGUGAGAUAUGGCAACUAUCAGAACAUCGCUGUGAAGGCUUUCUACAGGAAGCACGAGAUAAACAACACAUUAAAGAUUUGGGUCACAAGUACUUUAGAGAUCUACUAUCAAGGUCUCUUUUGCAAAUAUCCAACAAAGAUAAUUCUCGGUUUGUUAUGCAUGACCUCAUUAAUGAUCUGGCUCAAUCAGUUGCUGGAGAAAUAUGUUUUAGAAUAGAAGGUGAUAAGAAAAUUUCGAAGCAAGCUCGCCACUUAUCUUACAUAGGUAGCAAGUAUGAUGCCAUCAAAAAAUUUAAGGGGAUUUGUGAAGCCAAGCAUUGUCGAACCUUUUUGCCUUUGAGGUUGUCAAAUAAUAGAUGUUGCUAUGUAACCAACAAUGUUCUAACAUAUUUGUUGCCAGAUUUAAGGUGCUUGAGGGUCCUUUCUUUGAGAGGGUAUCAGAUCACAAUGUUGCCAGAUUUUAUCACAGAUUUAAAACACUUAUGGUAUUUAGAUUUUUCUGAAACUUUUAUUAAAAGCUUGCCCGAGUCCGUAAGUACCUUCUAUAAUUUAGAAACCCUUUUAUUAAUGGGGUGUGAGAAGCUUGAGAAGCUACCUACAGAGAUGGAACACCUGGUCAACUUAUGUCAUCUUAAUAUCAUCUGUGCACAUAGAUUAGAAGGCAUGCCAAGUAAUUUUGGUACAUUAACUGAUCUUCAAACAGUAUCCAAUUUUGUUGUGGGUAAAGGUGAGGGAUAUCAAAUAAGGGAGCUAAAGAAUUCAUCCAAUCUCAAAGGUCAACUUUGUAUUUCUGGGUUAAAGAAUGUUACUGAAACUCAAGAUGCAUGGAAGGUUAAGUUACAAGAUAAGGCAGGACUGGAUGAGUUAGAAUUGGAGUGGAGUGGAGACUUUGAUAAUAGAACGGAAGAAGUUGAGAAAAAGGUGUUGGAUUUGCUGCAACCUUCUAAAAAGCUUAAGAAGCUUGCCAUAAAAAACUAUUGUGGUGCAACAUUGGCAAAAUGGGUUGGAGAUUCAUCAUUCAAUAACUUACUUUCAUUUUGCCUCAAGGAUUGUCCAAAUUGCAUGUCACUGCCAUCAAUUGGGAAACUGCCAUUGUUGAAAGAGGUACGUAUCAAAGGAUUGUAUAGUGUAAGUGAUGUGGGAGUUGAGUUUUUCGGAGAAAACAAGCCAAAUGCAUUUCCAUCAUUGGAGAUUUUACAAUUUGAAGACAUGCCUAAAUGGGAGAAGUGGAGUUUUUGUGAAGUUGAUGAGGAAGCUAGGAGAUUUCCAAGACUUCGUGAGCUCCGUAUCACGAAUUGUCCCCAACUGUUGUGGACUAUGCCGAAAUGUCUUCCUUCGUUGGAGAUGCUUGUGAUUCAUGUUUGUGAGAAACUAGUAAUUUCAGUUUCAAGCCUUCCAAUGCUUUCAGUUUUAGAAAUUGAAGGGUGUGACAAGGUAGUGUACAAAGGGUUCGCAGAUCAAAGUUCAUUGAAAAGAGUUUCUUUUUCAAAACUUUCCAAAUUUAUUUGUGUAGCAGAAUGGUUGGUGUUAGGGUCAGUAAGAGUGAAAUCCCUUGAGUUGUGCUCUUUGCGAGAGAAUAAUUGGGGAUUGCUAACCCAAUCAAUGUCCUUGUGUAAUAUGACAAUUCAAAACUGGCCCCAACUUUUCUCCAUAGGGGCAGAUGAGGAAAGAGAUCAGCUGAUGCAAUUGAAGAUCCCUUGCAGAGUUGAACAGAUGAAAAUAUGGAAAUGUGAAGGGUUUAAAAAGCUAUCAGCAACCUUUCAAUCCAUCACAUCGCUUAGGGUGCUAGAGCUUUGGUCUUACCCGAAACUGAUUUCUCUUUCAAAAAGCAGUUUGCCUUUGAAUCUGAAAACGUUGGUGAUUGGUAAAUGGAAAAACUUGCGAUGCUUGUUGGAGGAGGGAGAAGAAUAUCAACAUCAGUAG